AUGGCAGACUACCAGAAGCGUGUGUGGGCGGAUAAAUACACAGCUGCUAGGAACAGCGGCAACGACUUGGACUACGAGGCUUUGAGCAAGUUGACUCAAUUCAAGGCGUUCAAAAACAACCCAGAAGAGCUCCAGCGUCACGAGCCUGCGCUGCUGAAAGCGUUCUACGAGGUUUACUUAGCGGACCAAGCCCUGAAAGCAGACGCACACGCGCAGACCGCUGGAUCGGGUUCGUCGAAGCUAUCGCAACGUGGCGAAGCCGAGCACCUGGCGAUCGAGCAAUGCGACAUCCAGGCGGCUCAGCAGCUUACCGCAGCCAGAAAUCAAGUAUCGCUAGCGUCAGACCAAGCUCCAGGGCCUCCAAUCUCCGUCCAAGCGCAGACACCCGUGGCCGUGCAGGUGGAAGCACUGCAGCAGUUCCGAGAGAAGCUGGAUGAAGAGAAGCAGAAAGGGGCUCGACAGCUGGAGGAGGAGCAAGCACGCUCAAGGAAAUUAGAGGAGCAGUUGGCAGCCGCUGCGAAGGAGCUGGCCGAACUCAGGAAUGAUGGCAGUGGUGGCAGUGAUGGCAGUGUGGAAGAAGACGCUGCAAAACUAGCCGAGGAGAAGGCGAUUUCAAGUGGCUUGCGCAACAAACUUGCCCAUGUGGAAACUGAGUUGAAUUUGUCGAAGCAAUCCGUCACCACGCACGCAGACAAUCUACUUAAGGCGCAGGCUAGCCAUGCUAAGAAACUCCAGGGUGUGCACGAAGACAUGAACAACCUCACGAGAGAGGUGAACGAACGCAAGAAAAAACUGGAGGACGGGGAGAAGGAGGUGGCUACGCGAGAGAAGAAUUUGGAGAACAAGGAGGAAGAACUACAAGUCAAAGCCGAGGAGCUGCAAUCUCAUGAGGCCAAGCUCAAAGAGGAGGGUCGGCGUCUCCAGAACGUAACGCAUCGCCUGCAACUGGAGCAGGAGCAGUUGGACGCGGGUAAAAAGAAACGAGAGAAGCCGAGUCGAGAGAAGCAACAAGGAGGCCGAAUAUCGCUGAGGCAGGCGAAGAUUUCGAAUGAAAUGAAGCGACAGACCCGGCUCCUGGAAGAGCAGUUCAAGAACAACGGGUGCCCAGCUGCGUUUAAAGAGCUCGAAGCCAACCGCAACCGGAUAGAGGAAGAGAGGGCGGUGAUGCAAGCAGAACGGGGUGGAGUGAGAACGCAGUUGGAAUCGAUGAAGGCUGCGCUAGAGGCGGUGAAAACGGAGAACAGCAGAUUGCAAGACACCAUCGCGAGGCUAGAGCUGUACUUGAGUAUGUUCAAGCAUAGCGCGGUAGCUAUCGAAGGGUUCACGGAAUGGAACGCCGUCAUCCGAGAUGGUAACACGAGCACAAUGCAGAAGAAGCGCGACUUCAUUCUGGGCAAAAUGAAGGAGGCGUUUGGAUCGAAGACGGCGGACGCUGAAGAGUUCAAGGCGCUUGCGGUCGAGUUCUGGGAGAAAUGA